UCUCCAUUCUUCUUCUCCAUUUCUCUUCUUUAGAGCUUUAUCAUUUGAUAAAUCAGUUUUUUUAUAUAUCUAAAAGAAAAAACUAGAGAAGCUCAAGACAAGAAAGAAGGGUGUGGAUUUUAGCUAUUGGGAUUAGAAGAAAAUGGCAGCAGCCAAGAAUCAUUCAUCACACCAAGUUUUUGAUGUCUCCAUUGACAUGCAAACUCAAGUUUCUGCUUCUAAAUGGGUUGAUGACGAUGGCCGUCCCAAGCGAACUGGGACUGUGUGGACCGCAAGUGCCCAUAUAAUAACAGCAGUGAUAGGAUCUGGAGUUCUGUCUUUAGCGUGGGCAAUUGCUCAGCUUGGUUGGGUUGCUGGUCCGGCCGUUAUGUUCUUGUUUUCUUUUGUCACUUACUACACUUCUACACUCCUCUCCGCUUGCUACCGUUCCGGCGAUCCUCUUACCGGCAAACGAAAUUACACUUACAUGGAUGCUGUUCGCACCAAUCUUGGUGGAGCUAAGGUCAAGAUAUGUGGAUUUGUUCAAUAUUUGAAUCUUUUUGGAGUUGCCAUUGGUUACACAAUUGCUUCAUCUAUUAGCAUGAUGGCUAUAAAAAGGUCGAACUGUUUUCACGCGAGUGGUGGCAAAAAUCCAUGCAAAAUGAAUGCAAAUCCUUACAUGAUUGCGUUUGGAAUUACAGAAAUAAUUUUCUCUCAAAUUCCUGAUUUUGAUCAGCUAUGGUGGCUCUCCAUACUCGCUGCUGUUAUGUCCUUUACUUACUCAAUAAUUGGUCUUGGACUUGGAAUUACUCAAGUUGCACAAAAUGGGAAAUUCAUGGGAAGUUCAACCGGAAUUAGCAUCGGAGCAACUGUAACUCAAACUCAGAAGAUCUGGAGGAGCUUCCAAGCUCUCGGCGACAUUGCUUUCGCCUAUUCUUACUCUAUCAUACUAAUUGAGAUUCAGGACACAGUAAAAUCACCACCAUCAGAAUCCAAGACAAUGAAGAAAGCAACUCUAACAAGUGUGUCAGUAACAACCCUUUUCUACAUGUUAUGUGGUUGCUUUGGCUAUGCUGCAUUCGGAGACAUGUCUCCCGGAAAUCUCUUAACCGGAUUCGGCUUCUACAACCCCUAUUGGCUACUAGACAUUGCCAACGUCGCGAUAGUAGUCCAUCUAGUCGGUGCAUACCAAGUCUACUGCCAACCCUUAUUCGCAUUCGUCGAAAAAGCAGCAGCACAAAGAUAUCCAGAUAAUGGAUUCAUUACUGAGGAUAUCAAAAUUCCAAUUCCCGGAUGUCGCCGCCCCUUCAAUCUCAAUCUCUUUAGAGUGGUAUGGAGGACAAUUUUUGUUGUUUUCACGACUGUGAUAUCAAUGUUGCUUCCGUUCUUUAACGACAUUGUUGGUUUGCUGGGAGCAUUGGGAUUUUGGCCAUUGACCGUUUAUUUUCCAGUAGAGAUGUAUAUAGCACAAAAAAAGAUACCAAAAUGGAGCACAAGAUGGCUCUGCCUUCAAAUACUAAGUGCAGCUUGCCUUGUAAUUACCAUUGCUGCUGCUGCGGGAUCCAUUGCGGGAGUUAUCGGUGAUCUAAAGUCUAUCAAGCCAUUCCAGACUGUUUACUGAUGAAUUCCUGAGGAGUGAAGAUAAAGGAUACAAAUCUGAUGUUGAAGUUACUUCAGCUUAGGAAAAAACAAAUUGAAGGGGCAAGUAUAAUACAUUUGUCUAUUCACAUGCAAUUGAAUGUUUCAAAAUCUUAGAUCAAGUUUCAAUAUGGAAAAAAAGUUCCAUCUUCUUGAUGUGACUCUUGAAUCA